AUGAUGCAAUUGCGUUUGUGUGCUCAUGUUGGUCAACAACAACCGCCUAUCAAACAUUUUACAUUGAAACGUAAACCAAAAAGUGCUGCAUUACGUGCAGAACUAUUACAAAAAUCAGCAGAUGCCGCAAGUUCUGUUAAAAAAGUUUCUGCUCCCACAGUACCUGUUAGAAGUCGAGGAAUGCCCAGGAAAAUGACUGAUACAACUCCAUUAAAAGGAAUUCCGAGCCGUGUGCCUACCGGUGGUUUCAGAUCACCCCCAACCAACAGUCCGUCUGCUUCAAGACCCCCAAUGGUUAGAAAUGCUGGAAGGAAGGAUGGUGGUAUCAAAUUGUUAGAUAUUACAGAACAGCCUUUAGGUUACGCUGCUGCUAAGAAGAGGAAACGUAUGCAAGAAUUAGAAGAACAAAAGAAAGCAUCAGAAUUGGCAGCUGCUGCACAGGCUGCAGCGAGUGUUGCCGAUAGUACCCCCGACUAUGCAGCUGGCUUGACAAGUACUGUUGUUUUUACGCAACCAGCAACUACACCAGGAAUGACAGUAAAAGAACCUACUACGCCUUCUUCAUCAAGUUCGAACACGACAUCUUCCACAUCCGGCACAUCAUCUACAGGCAGCUCAACAUCUACCACAACCGACACGUCCACACCUUCCAGUUACAAUCCAAAUGGAACGCCAAACAGAACGCCUUUCACUGGCGAAAGUCCUUUGGCUCAUUCAAAUAUGGGACAGACCCAACAGACUAUAAUUCUCACACCCAGUUCCAUUCGGCCACCGAAUCUAUCAGAGGAUUCUGCCAGUCCGAGCACACCUGUAAAUGAAAUGCGUCAUAAAGUAAUUGUGGCAUCACCGUUGGCAAAAGGCAAGACGCAGACCGUUAUAUUGGCUAAUUCAGGAGUUUUGCAGAAGAAUGUGCUGCUUGGGGUGCAGAAAGGCCAUCAACUUGUUUCCAAUUUACAAACAGGUUUGAAUAAUAGCACGAAUGUUCCUGGUAUAUCUAGCUUGCAAAAUAAUUCAAACCCGCCAGGAUUGACCCCUACGAAUAUGCCGAGAGUUGUUAAAUUACCAAACCAGCAAGCUCAGCCUGCGCAGAGGAAAGGAUUAUCUCUUACGAAGCCACAAAUGUUGGAGGCACAAGAAAUGUUUAGCAAAGCCAACAAAGUUACGAGACCAGAGAAAGCUUUAAUAUUAGGUUUUAUGGCUGGAUCUAGAGAUAAUCCAUGUCCUGAUUUAGGCAAUAUAGUAACAAUCAAGCUCUCUGAAAUUCUGGAAAAUGUACUACAAGAAGACGAUACUUACAAAGCCAUGCUCGUGGAGACACAUUUCCAAAUGAAUUAUGAAAAUGGAGAGUGGGAACGAAUAAAAAAAUAUCGAAGAAUAGACACCAACGAUGCUAAAGUUGUUCACCAAGGGCAAGGAGAGAGUAUAGCCCUAUAG